AUGUCCCGCAAGGAUUGCGAGCUGACUGCCCUUCAGGAACGGCUGCGCAGCCAUGCGCAGGCAUUUGACGGUUUGCUGUCUUUGAUCCCCGCCAAAUACUAUUAUGGCGAAGAAGAUACAAGUGAUCAAUGGCAACGCAAAAAGCAAACCAAAGAACAAGCCCGCGAGGCAAAGCGAGCGAAGCUGAACCCCGAAGCCGCUAAGACUGCCAAGGACGUGAUGGAUGAGAAAGCACGCAAGCGAAAGCGGGAGGACGGCACCCUUGAGUCCGACUCAUCGGACGGAGAGAUGGGCACUGAAACACCCAAAGAAGGACUCAACCGUGGAACCGCCAAUCUGAAGAAGCAGAAGCAGGCCGAGAAGACUGAGAAGGCAGACCCUGUCAAGGCUGCAGAGGCCGAGGCACGGAAAAAGCAAAAGCAAGAGAAAUUGGCUCAGAAGAAGGCCACCCAAAAGGAGAAAAAGAAGGCCAAGGAUGCUGCCCGAAAGGAGAAAACCCAGCAGGAUAAAAAGCCAUCGACUACCUCCACUGAGGCCUCGGAAAAAUCUGCACCCAAGCCUAAGGCCAGUGCAGCCAAGGAUAACGAGGCGUCCGAGGAUGAAGGAGAUGAUGACGAAGAGGAUGGCGUUGUUGAGGAAGGAUUCUCUAUUGAGUUCAAUGCUGAGCCAGAAAACCCUUCUUCUGCCUCAUCCACCCCUCACUCUCCCAGCUUCGAUGCCUCAAAUCCCAAAUCCGGCAGUUCCUCCACCUCCUCCAUCGUUCCUCCCUCCGCCUCCGCCGAAGCGAAAUCCUCAGAGCCCAAACCCCUCAAGCACACACCCGAAGAGCUGAAGCAGCGCCUACAGAAGCGUCUGGAUGAGCUCCGGGCCAAGCGUCACGCAGACGGACUCAAUGGCAAGCCUGCACGUAACCGCCAAGAGCUGAUCGAAGCCCGCCGACAGAAGGCAGAGCAAAGAAAGGCACACAAGAAGGAAUUGCGUGAAAAGGCCAAGGUUGAGGAAGAAAAGAAGAACGAUGAGGCUAUGGCCCGCCGCUUCUCCCCCGGUGGCUCCGGAUCUCUGCUAGCAUCCCCUCGCUCUCCCGCUGAGUCCGUCGGCUCCGCCAGCAACAGCUUCUCAUUCGGCCGCGUCAUGUUCACCGACGGUCAGCAGAUAGAUGCCACUGGAACCAGCGUGCGUGACAAGCCCAAGACCAAUGGUGCCCGUGACCCUGCUUCCCAGCUCAAGGCCGUCGAGGCCAAGAAGGCUCGUCUCGCAGAGAUGGACCCUGCCAAGCGUGCCGAUGUCGAAGACAAGGAUCUCUGGCUCAAUGCUAAGAAGCGUGCUCACGGCGAACGUGUUCGUGACGAUACCUCUUUGCUGAAGAAGGCACUCAAGCGCAAGGAGACUGCGAAGAGGAAGUCUGAGCGCGAGUGGAGAGACCGCAUCGACACUGUCGCCAACGCCAAGGAACAACGCCAAAACAAGCGUGAUGAAAACCUCCGCAAGCGUCGGGAUGAGAAGGGCACCAAGGGCGGCAAGAAGAAGUCCAGCAGCGGUGGCAAGAAGAAGGCUCGUCCUGGAUUUGAGGGCAGCUUCAAGGGUGGUGGCAAGAAGAAAUAA